UUUCAGCUGGUCGCUGAUUCGCAAUGCUUGUCACGUUUUCUCGAGCGUUGAAAAGUCAAACAAGUGAACGAGGCAAGAGAGGGGAAACCGGAAGACCGGGAGGUCGAACAAAGGAGAGCACAGGAGCAGCUACAAGUUUUGGGGCUUUUGUGCGUGCCCGUCCGGAUAUGCCGAGGAUGUGCGUCUUUGUCGUAAUUACCUUUAAGUUGGCUCCAAUGCCAUAUUUGAUGCCGCUCGCUGGCUCGCAAAUCCCAGACGCUGACACCAUGUUUCCCCCCAACUUCCGACGACCUCUUGACUGUGAUUGCUGCCAGCUACAGGAACAUAGCCAAGACACGAACCAACAGCAACCGAAGCUAACAGCGCUUGGCUGGGGCAGCCGUGACACCAUCAGACAGGUAAUUUGCAGGCUGUGUCUGCUACGUGCGAAAGGAAGUCGCACCUUGUACUCACAGACACUGAGCCCACCCACUCAGGCAAACCGCCCAACUACUCAGCCACCCUGAGAGACGGAGAGGAGGUUGCCACCCACACAAACGUAAGCGCAUUUUAAUGAUCUCAUUUAUGCUAAUCUGCAAACGGUUAAAUCUGUGCACGCCACAGCCACAGCCACAGCCUGCCCAGACAAUAGCAACAACUAAAACUUCAUCAACAACAACACUAGUGAUGCAAUAACAACAACAACAACAACAACGUGCUACCAGCUGCUAAUGCUAAUGAAGUCUAAUUGAAUUUCGGACACUUGACACGUCGCACAAUCUGAUCUUUUUGAGGCGUGCAGCAAGUGGCAAUCUGCAGACAAUGUGCA